GGGACAGCUCUGGCCAUCAUUAUCCCUGAAGGAAUCGAGCUGCUGCUGGGAGAUUUCACAACAGAUCAGCAGAGGAAUAUAUCACAGAAGCAAGUUAUCACGGAAUAUGAGGUGUCUGAUGGAAAGCAGGCAGGCACAAAAGAAUUUGCACCCCCCCAUUUUGUGAUUGGCAUUUCCCUCGUCAUGGGCUUCCUCCUUAUGUUCAUCAUUGAUCAGAUUGGCAACUGCAUUGCAUGGCAAGGAGGGGAGCCCCCAAAUGCAUGCCAACCAGUCUCAGAUGGUCAACAGUCCAGCCCCUCACAGCACCCUGCAUCAAACACUCAACCUAUAGCAAGUACCAUCACAGAAACGAGCUCAGGCCCAGCUGUAGGAUCCAGCCUGACGGCAACACUUGGCCUGGUUAUUCAUGCUGCAGCUGAUGGUGUGGCACUUGGGACUGCAGCAGGAUCAUCGCAGAUCUCUCUCCAAGUCAUUGUGUUCUUUGCUGUCAUCCUUCAUAAGGCUCCUGCAUCAUUUGGUUUGGUCUCGUAUCUGAUGUAUGCUGGUUUAGAGAAGAAGCAGAUCCAGAAACACCUCUUCAUCUUCUCCCUAGCAGCACCACUCCUCGCCAUCACUACCUACUUUAUAGUCAGCAAGAGCAGCGUGGGCUCACUGCACCAAACCAAGGCCACUGGCAUCGGGCUGCUGUUCUCUGCUGGGACCUUCCUGUAUGUGGCGUCUGUACACGUAUUGCCUGAAGUCAGCAGUCAAACUCAGCACAGAGUUGCCAGCAACGGUGGCAGGAAAGGCCUGGGCAUUCUGGAGAGCCUGACGCUGAUUGUAGGCUGCACUAUUCCUGUUCUCCUGUCACUGGGACUCCAUGAUGCCUAACUGGGAAUUGGAAACUAGGUCUCCAUUGCCAGCCCUGUAUUCUGGCUGCAGGAUGUGUACCUCGAGUAGGAGGGGCACUCAUUCCGUUGUGACAGUGAUACAUGUGAACAUCACAUAAGGGUGGGCACAAUGUCUAAUUCAUACCUAGAAAAAUUACUGAGGCCAAGGAGCAUUUAUAGUGAGGUGAUGUAUGAACUGGAAUGACAGAAGGGUUGGGGAGGAUCGGGGGCAUCAUUAGGACAAGUCAAACAGUCAAUGUCCUUUGAUUAUAUUUAAUCCAUUAGUAUUACUAUCACUAUCACAGGCAGACACACACUUUAAAUGAGGCCUACUGUAUAUAUUGUUAGAUAAUAUUUAGUUUUUAAAGUUUCCUUUUACUUACAUUAGUUACAUGCUUACUAGUUCUGCCCAGAUAUAAAAAGGGCAGCUCCUUUAUUUGGUGUUUAGUUUGAUGUCACUGGGCCAUUUAAUGCAUCCUGAAUGUGUAAAGAAUUGUGAAAGGGAAGAACACAAAUUAAUGUUUCAGGCAAAAUCUUUUGUCCCAGCUUUGAUAAUGUGUUUCACUCUCUCUAUUAAGGUAUUGAAUGCCCUGCUGUGAAUGUCUGGAAUUUUCUGUGUUCCUAUUUCAUAUACUCAAUCUUUGUCAUUUUAUCUUUCUAUUCUCUCUGAAAAAUUAAAAUACUUACUCUGGGCUGAAGAGGAAGAGGAAAUUACCAAUUGGGUCUAUCGUAAGUGGAGGGAGGCUAGCUAAUGUCCAUUGGACAUGAACCCAGUAUUAACCCCCAUACACCCCCCUCACAACACCAGAAGUUCUCCUGAGUAGAUUCACAGCUCCAAUCACCACUGUCCAGGAAGAGAUUAAUUCCAAGAGUCAGGAACGUCUGAGUGAAAUACUGGUGACUUCACUGACAAAGAUGAGAAAUCAGCUGAAGUAAGUAGAUGCUGAAACAUGGAUGAGAAAUGUACAGAAAGCCAGAGUGAACACAGACUACUUUUAUUAUUGUGAAGUAGACUAAUUGGGUGAAUUACUGGUUUAAAACUUGCUUAGGGUUUAAAUUACAAAUGCGAUGCAAACUAAGGGAUUUACUCAUAUAAACUAUGGAAAGGGAAUGAAUUGUGAGUGUUAAUAAUUGUAUAGGACUGAAUUACUGGUGUAAAAUGUCCAAGGACUGAAUUAUUAAUGAAAAGCAUUCAAAUACUUGUAGAAAGGCUUCUUACUGUGAGAGUUCCCUCAUGGCUGUAUCCACUCGACUACUGUAAAAACAGAUGUAAGGAUUUCCCCUGAACUUGCUCAAUAAUUAUAGAAUUUUUGAAAGUGAGGAUAUAGGAGAUGGCCAUUCUGCCCAUCUUGCCAGUAACAGGCAAGAAUGGGCUAACUCGCUUAAUGCCAUUUUCAAGCUCUUUGUCCAUGUGCCUUGUUGUCUACAACACGUUAGAGUCAUAGAGAUGUACAGCACGGAAACAAACCCUUCAGUCCAACUUGUCCAUGCCAACCAGAUAUCCUAAG